GGGAACAGUAGUGGUGCUCUCUCAGUGCGCGUGGUGCUGAAAGUGCCAUCUGAAGUAAUGUGGUCGGUAUUUUUUUUCUUUCUGUCUUAUCUGGACAGAAACUUUGUCAAAGGAGAAUUCCCCAAUUAUUCCCUAGAUGCAGAGAAACAGAGUAAAGAUGUGUUUUUCAUGCUCAACAGCACAUUCUGUGCCAAAAUGUCAGGCAUGGGGGGAAAUUGCUUUUACCAAGUGUCAGACGGAAUUGAGGAGGUGCGCUCCGUGCGUGACCCGGCAGGUAAACUGGUGGAUUGCUCAGUAACCAUCAACCAGAUGCAGGUGAAGUCGUUCAUGCAUGUGUGCAGAUUAGGACUGAAGCACCAGAGAAAUAACCCAGGAGAUAUGGAGUUUAGUUUUACAGACAUGGCAGAAGCCAAAUACAACUGUCAAGCGUUCCAAAGGACAUCAAAGCGCACGACGGUCACCACGGAGAGGAUAGCCGCGCCAACAGCACAUACACCGAAGGAGACAAGAGAGAAUUCUGUCCAGGAGGAUGGCAAGCAGGUGAUACGGAGAUCCAAGCGAGGAUUCACUUAUCCUGGAACCCUGUGGUGUGGAGCUGGCAACAUGGCUGAUAAUUAUGACCAUUUGGGAGAGUUCACAGCGACUGACAGUUGUUGCCGCGUUCAUGACUACUGUCCCUACGUCAUCCAUGCGUUUUCCUCAAAGUACGGCUAUACCAAUUUCAAGUGGCAUCCCCUUAGUCACUGUGACUGCGAUAAUGCGUUGAAGGAGUGUCUGAGGAAAGUCAAUGACACCUCCUCCAGGGUGGUUGGUCAGGCUUUCUUCAAUGUCAUUGAGGUGCCCUGUUUCCAGUUCAUAUAUGAAGAGCAAUGUGUGGAGCGCCACUGGUAUGGCGUGUGUAAAAAGUAUGACAAGCUCCUGGUUGCAGUGCCCAGAGAGUCCAUCCUGUAUGAUUUCGGAGGCAUUGACGUUAUUGAUGUGCUGACGGUGGCUCCUCUGGUACAGAAAGAGACAAAGAAAACAGGCAUAGAGCAGGACAAUCCUGAAAGCACAACACAGUCCACUGUGUCCGGCUCCCAGACCACUGGCCCCGAGGAGCCCUCUCUCAGCAACAUGGUCACCGCAGCUGAAGACUUCAUCAAAUUUCUGGCCACCGUCUCCACCUCUCAGGGCUCGGCUACAGACACCACCAAAGGAGAGACACAGACCUCAGAGAAGAAGAAGAGGAAGAACACUGCAGGGAAAAAUAAGAAAAAUAACAAGAAGAGGAAAGGGAAAGGAAAAGGGAGAAAGAGGAAGCAGAAAAUCAACUCAGUCUCAAAAGGAGCAGAGGAAGGGACAAUGGUUAGUCCUACCAAAGCAGCGGAAGCUGUCGACAAGAGUAACUUUGUGAAUGGGCCUGAGAAUGUUGACCAGUUGAACAGAAAUGUCAACCGUUUCAGUGAUGGUGAAGUAGAUCGUGGAGGGAAAGAGGAGCUUUCUAAUGAUGUCAUGAGAGAUGAACCACAUGUAGAUGAAGAAAGUGCUGCAGAUGCCUCUGUCACCUCAGUCACUGCUGUCAAGAAGGAGCAGACAAUGCUGGAAAUCCCGGCUCUGAUGGAUCCCACAGAAGCAGCGUCACUCUCUGCAACCACUGGCACACCCAUUGUGACCACACAGAAAUCCAAAAGGAUGAGGUCAAGAAAGGGGGAAGGGAGGAAAAAACAGAGCAACGUAACGCCAACUGUCACCCCUGAAGGAGUUGCACACCAUACCGCCAUUAAACAGGUCCUCCCAACUUCCACAACAGAGAGCUCUGGCACCCAGACCAUCCCUACCAGCACUUCCAUAAUCUCUGCAGAUCAGUCUGUGCAACAAAGGUUAGAGAACCACAGUGAAAAGGGCCCUGUUACGACUACUGCCGGCACCCCCAUUGUGACUUUUAUCAAAAGCAAAUGGCACAGGUCAAAGGAGAGAAAGGAAAGAAAUAAAAGGAGGAAAAUCACUUCCACUCUUCCCAUGGUGGCUGUUACUUUCAGAAACCUCACUGAAGAGCAUUUUGCAGUGAUCACUACUGAGAGCACAAGUGCUCCAGCCAUCACCACCAUCACUACUGUUAGCACUGCAGGGCAGCCAGUGUCACACAGACCAGAAAGUCACAAUGAGAAGAGGUCCAAUACCACUACGACUGUAAGCUCGACUUUGAGUGAGACCAAAAGGCACAGGCCGAAAGAGAGAGAGAGAAGAAAGAUGAGGGGAAAAAUCAUACCACCUCUUUUGGCUGCGGGAACAUCUCUGCAGAAUCCCACUGAAGAUGCCCUUCGUACAGUUACUACUGACAGCACUGGUGUACUGAACAUCCCCACAACCACCACUGUAGUCACUGCAGAGCAGGCAGAGACACUAACGCCACAGAGCAUAGGGAGUCACAGUGAAAAGGGACUUCUCACCACAACAGCCAGCGUCCCAGUUGUGACUGGGAGAAGACAACGCUCAAAAGAGAGGGAGGGUAGAAAUAAAAGUAAAAAAGAGGCCAUAACCACUGUUGUCAAGGAUGAGGUUCCCAUCCAUAAUGAGAAUGAAACUAAACUUGAAGAAAUAAUGACAAGUAUAAGUCUGACACCCUCAGCGUCAGCAAUUUCAUCCAAAGUUGACGAAGUAGGAGAGUUCAAUCUACAGGAAUCUGAGAACUACAGAGAACAGGCCCUCUUCCCUGUACAGACCAGCACACCCACUGUAAGUCCAAUAAAUUCCACUGUCCAGAAAAUAGGAGAGAGACUAGGUAGAAAGAAAAGGAGAAAACCACCACAAUGAGACUCAUACUAACUAUAUUUCUAGUAUAGAUUAAAAAAAUGCAAUGAUGUCCUAGAUGACUAGCCUAGCUCUUGACUAUCAGAAAAACCUGCUAUGCAGACUCAGACAUAGGUGUAUUAUGUGUUAGUCAUCAUCUUGUGUGUUUUGUCAAAUCAACAUUUGUGCCACUAUUCAACAGGAAUUGUAACAAGUGCAUGAAGGAUCAGGAUAAUGUUUUGUAAUAAUGUAUAUGCAUUUAAACACCAAUGAUUAAUAAAAUAUUGGAAAGAAGCAUAUAUUGAGUGCAAUGAAUUCUAAAAGUGAUGAUUUCAUUAAUAACACAUUCCCUUUUGUACAUGUAGGCAUAUACUGUACUGUACUCCCAAGACAACAGGGAAUAUUUAAUAAGGAAGAAAUUAAAGAAUUCCAAGUUCAGGGAGUUUGCCAUUUCAUCUGCUUACCCGUAAACUGCUUACUUGUACUUUUCUGCAAACAAUGCUUGCCAUAUUGUAUACACAGACAGGCUCCAAGCCAAGAAAGCUGAGCCUUCUUCCAGGUUUAAAUACUAUUUCCUUUGUUCUGUGUGGGACUUUGGACCUCUAGUCUCUUCCAAUGCGAUAUAAGGCAUUUUGAUGAAAGGGGUCACAUUCUUCAAAAAGGAUUACGUGCUCACUGUGAACUCUAUUCUCCCCACCUAAAUUAGGGUUGUAAAGAGCCUGUAACACUGAGGCUCAAAUC